AUGUCUGCCUUUCCCCGCGUCGGUGCAGGUCCGAAGAUGUUACGAUACCCUAGGCAACCAUGCUUGCGCCUAAUGUUGCAUGUUGCGGUCGAACCUUGCUAUACCGAACCGCUCUUACUCUCAGCAAGACCACACAGCCCACAGAAAUUGCACAGUCCAAAUCCUCCAGACACAGCUACAAGCCUUCCAGAGAUUCUGUACACAACACCAAGAUUGAUCACCCUCCAUCACACCCAUCUCUUCUCUUUUCAUCUCAGCGCAGCACUACCGCCAAAAUGUCCACCAGUAACAGCAGUACAGUCCACACCAGCACGCAGCAGCCUCCAGUCAGAGUCUUCAUCUGGCGAUGCACUGACAGGCGAUGUGAGCAAGUCAACGAGACUCGACGCGACGAAAAGGGCAACUGGUACAACAUCAGAUGCACUUCCUGCGGCAAUGUGCCAGGGAAAGGCGUUUGCCUUCUUAAGGUUGUCCUAUCCACUGGCAACGAGAGCCUGGAGGGGUUAG